CUUACUGGCGGUGUGGAGCCGGUGGACGCCGGACGGGCCCAGGCAGCGCCUCGCCCGCCCUGCUGAGCCCUGGGACGGAGUAACAUUGAGGGUCCCGAGCUGCUGUGUGCGCGGGUUAGCGCCCAGCCGCCCCUACUGCCCCCGAGACACGCUGCCGGAGGGCAGCGGCCGCCAGCCCAGCCCGUGCUCCGGGAGCGGCGGCAGCCAGGAACCGGAGCAGCUUCCACGCGCGUAGGAGCCAUAACCCCAGCGCUACCAAGUCAGGAGCAGCUCCUGCUCGCCCAGGGCUGCAGCCGAGCCGUGCCCCCACGGCACCCCACCCGGCAGGAGCCGCAGAGCAGCCCCCGACCUGCCCUAUCCCCUCCUGGCAGCAGCCGACGCCGCCAAGCAACGCCCGCCGACUCCCCUACCCCCAAGAGCGGCAGCCUCGCUCCCGCCUAAAAAUAGCAAACGCCUUAGCAGCCCCCUCCCACCUACCUAUUAGCAGCAGUCCCUGCUGACCCAGCAGGAGCAUGAACCCCUCACCCCAGUCAUCACCAUCAGUAGUUCCCAGACCUCCCCCAGCAGAGUCCAUCACCUGUUGAGCAGCAGGCCCGCAACACCUAUUUCCCCUCCGCAUUUUGCAGCUCAGAUUGUGUGAAGGAGGCAGGAGAUUUGUCCCCUCCUUGUACCUUCUGUGGAAGGGAAUUGUGUGUCACACACACAUACAUAUAUACAGAAGACUGUAUAUUGUUGACUUUAUAACUGUGCAGCUUCUCUGGCUGAAUCUUGGGUGUCUUAGAUCCACUGAUGAGAGAACAGUAAUGAAAGGGAACUUGACAAGGGGAAAACUCAAACCACCCAUCCAAAGACCGCUAAUGAGGACGAUGUUGAUGCAUAUUUGACUCUCAACAAUUCAGUGCUGCUGUGCAGGAUGAAUAGGAAGAAAGGAGACAAGGGAUUUGAGAGCCCAAGACCUUAUAAAUUAACCCAACAGGUAGUCUGCAUCAACAACAUAAAUUUUCAGAGAAAGUCUGUUGUAGGUUAUGUGGAACUGACUAUAUUUCCCACGGUUGCAAACCUGAAUAGAAUCAAACUGAACAGUAAACAAUGCAGGAUAUACAGAGUAAGAGUCAAUGAUCUGGAAGCAGCUUUUAUUUAUAAUGAUCCAACACUGGAGGUUUGUCACCAUGAGUCAAAGCAGAGAAAUCUCAACUAUUUUUCCAAUGCUUAUGCUGCUGCGGUCAGUGCUGUGGACCCAGAUGCUGGAAAUGGAGAACUCUGCAUUAAGGUUCCUUCAGAGCUGUGGAAACACGUUGAUGAGUUAAAAGUCCUAAAGGUGCACAUAAAUUUUUCUCUGGACCAGCCAAAGGGAGGCCUUCAUUUUGUGGUGCCUAAUGUAGAAGGUAGCAUGGCAGAGAGAGGGGCCCAUGUCUUUUCUUGUGGAUAUCAAAAUUCUACAAGAUUUUGGUUUCCUUGUGUUGAUUCAUACUCUGAACUGUGCACAUGGAAAUUAGAAUAUACAGUAGAUGCUGCAAUGGUGGCUGUUUCAAAUGGAGAUUUGGUGGAAACAAUAUAUACCCAUGAUAUGAGAAAGAAGACCUUUCAUUACAUGCUGACUAUUCCAACUGCGGCUUCUAACAUCUCUCUGGCCAUAGGACCCUUUGAAAUCCUUGUUGAUCCAUACAUGCAUGAGGUGACUCAUUUUUGUUUACCACAGCUUCUCCCAUUGCUCAAACACACCACGUCAUACCUUCAUGAGGUCUUUGAAUUCUAUGAGGAGAUUCUUACCUGUCGCUACCCUUACUCCUGUUUCAAGACUGUUUUUGUAGAUGAAGCAUAUGUUGAAGUAGCUGCUUAUGCUUCCAUGAGUAUUUUUAGCACAAAUCUUUUACACAGUGCAAUGAUUAUAGAUGAGACUCCACUGACAAGGAGAUACUUAGCUCAGGCUCUGGCUCAGCAAUUUUUUGGCUGUUUUAUAUCCAGAAUGUCCUGGUCAGAUGAGUGGGUGCUGAAGGGAAUCUCUGGCUAUAUUUAUGGCCUUUGGAUGAAAAAAACCUUUGGUGUCAAUGAAUAUCGCCACUGGAUUAAGAAGGAGCUAGACCAAAUAGUGGUAUAUGAACUGAAGACUGGCGGAGUUUUACUGCAUCCAAUAUUUGGAGGAGGAAAAGAGAAAGACAACCCUGCAUCACAUCUACAUUUUUCUAUAAAACACCCUCACACGCUCUCCUGGGAAUAUUACACUAUGUUCCAGUGUAAAGCCCAUCUUGUUAUGAGAUUGAUAGAAAACAGGAUCAGUAUGGAGUUCAUGCUACAAGUUUUCAACAAACUGUUGAGUCUGGCCAGCACUGCCUCGUCUCAGAAGUUCCAGUCUCACAUGUGGAGUCAGAUGCUGGUUUCCACAUCUGGAUUUUUGAAAUCCAUCUCUAAUGUCUCUGGCAAAGACAUCCAGCCUUUAAUAAAACAGUGGGUGGAUCAGAGUGGUGUGGUAAAAUUUUAUGGCAGUUUUGCGUUUAAUAGAAAACGAAAUGUAUUGGAAUUGGAAAUAAAGCAAGACUACACUUCUCCUGGGACCCAGAAAUAUGUGGGUCCUCUUAAAGUAACAGUGCAAGAACUUGAUGGAUCUUUCAACCAUACAUUGCAGAUAGAAGAAAACAGUCUUAAACAUGAUAUACCUUGCCAUUCCAAAAGCAGAAGAAAUAAGAAAAAAAAGAUUCCAUUAAUGAAUGGAGAAGAGGUGGACAUGGAUCUUUCUGCAAUGGAUGCUGAUUCUCCUUUACUCUGGAUUAGAAUAGAUCCAGAUAUGUCUGUAUUGAGGAAGGUAGAAUUUGAACAAGCUGACUUCAUGUGGCAAUAUCAGCUUCGGUAUGAGAGAGAUGUAGUUGCACAGGAAGAAUCCAUUUUGGCAUUGGAAAAGUUCCCCACUCCAGCAUCGCGACUUGCCCUGACUGAUAUACUAGAACAAGAGCAAUGUUUCUACCGAGUGAGAAUGCUGGCCUGCUUCUGUCUUGCAAAGAUUGCAAAUUCCAUGGUAAGUACAUGGACCGGACCACCAGCCAUGAAGUCACUCUUUACCCGAAUGUUUUGUUGUAAAAGUUGUCCAAACAUUGUGAAGACCAACAACUUCAUGAACUUUCAAAGCUACUUUCUGCAAAAGACUAUGCCUGUUGCCAUGGCCUUGCUGAGGGAUGUUCAUAACCUCUGUCCUAAAGAGGUUUUAACAUUUAUUUUAGACCUAAUCAAGUAUAAUGACAACAGGAAAAAUAAGUUUUCAGACAACUAUUAUCGUGCUGAACUGAUUGACGCACUAGCCAACUCUGUAACUCCUGCAGUCAGUGUGAACAAUGAAGUUCGAACUCUGGAUAAUUUAAAUCCUGAUGUUCGACUCAUACUUGAGGAAAUUACCAGGUUCUUAAAUAUGGAAAAGCUUCUGCCCAGUUACAGACAUACCAUUACAGUCAGCUGUCUGAAAGCCAUUCGUGUACUUCAGAAGAAUGGACAUGUCCCCAGUGAUCCUGCUCUCUUUAAAACAUAUGCAGAAUAUGGACACUUUGUGGACAUCCGAAUAGCAGCUUUGGAGGCAGUUGUUGAUUACACAAAAGUUGAUCGGAGUUAUGAGGAAUUACAGUGGUUGCUUAACAUGGUUCAGAAUGAUCCUGUACCUUAUGUAAGACAUAAGAUUUUGAACAUGCUGACGAGGAAUCCACCCUUUACUAAGAACAUGGAGUCUCCCUUGUGCAAUGAAGCUUUGGUGGAUCAGCUUUGGAAACUUAUGAAUUCAGGUACUUCACACGAUUGGAGGCUCCGAUGUGGUGCUGUGGACCUGUACUUCACGCUUUUUGGCCUCAGUAGACCUUCUUGUUUGCCAUUACCAGAGCUUGGACUGGUCCUUAAUCUGAAAGAAAAGAAAGCUGUACUUAAUCCUACCAUCAUCCCUGAGUCAGUGGCAAACAGUCAGGAACCCAUGAACAAUCCUAACAAUCAUGGACAACUGAUAGGAUUCCAAAGCACUGAGGAUGAUCAUCUUGUUAAAGAAACAGCAUCCAGCGUUUCUGUUCAUCAGCAAGGGGUGAAGAGGAAGGCUGAUAUGCCACUUGGGUCCCCAUUGGAGCCAGGGCAGAUACCAGAGAAGAAUGAAGACAGUAAAGUCAAACUAAAAAUCAGAUUCUCAAACUCUCAGGAAGAGGAGGAAAUUGAUAUGGACACUGUUCACGAUAGUCAAGCUUUUAUCUACCAUCAUUUGAAUAUGUUGGAGAGACCAUCAACACCAGGUAAAGAACAGUCUUCACUAGAGCUGAACAUGCUUCCAGUGCCAGCAGCUCCACUCUCUGUGUUCAGCAAAGAAUCCAAUUCCUCAAAACACAGUGAUCACCACCACCACCACCACCAUGAGCACAAGAAAAAGAAGAAAAAGCAUAAACAUAAGCAUAAGCAUAAACAUAAACAUGACAGCAAAGAAAAAGAGAAGGAGCCCUUCACUUUCUCCAACAGCCCAGCCAGUGGACGGUCAGUUCGCUCUCCAUCACUUUCGGACUGAAGUGAGCACUCUAGAACUCAACCCAGAGCAUUCACAGAGCAUUUAGAAGGAUGUAUAUAACUAAAGCCUCUAUCUUUUUCUAUGAAAAUAGGAAAGCAUGAAUUGCCUUAGCAAUUCAGAAGCUGUGUCACAAUCCAAAUUUGAAACAUUCUAUUUGUAUAUUCAGUAGCUGAACUGAAUUGGAUUCAAAAAAAUAUUUUAUGGUUCUGAGUCAGUUUCUUUUUCCUUGUUCUUUCUCCCCACCUCCCACUCAUUUUCCCUUUUAAACAAAGAAAACAGCUCUUUAUAUAAGGACCCCAUGUCUACUGGCAACCCCCUGAACAUCAUGCUGUCCAUGUGUACUGCCAGACUCAAUUAUGUUUUAUGCCUUUGAUGAAUGUUACAAGGCAAAGUAUGUUUUAAACAGAAGCCAACUGCCAGACCUCUGAUGAAGCACUGUUUCCAAGACAGUAUUGUAUAACCAAGCAUAGACCUCCUGAGAAGACAAAGGCUUUCCCAUAAUCUUCUUCAGUUGAGCUAUUUCUUGCUUUAACCAUUGCAGUGUAAUGUCAGAGUUUUAAAAAUAGUACAUAGAAUAUUUGCCUUUUUCAGAUACUAAACUCUUAAAGUUCCAAGCUUCUUUUAAGCUGCAGAUUUUUAUUAUGGACACGACCCUUCGAAUAUAAUCGCAUUCUGCAAUUAUGUUUCCGUAAUUUUAGCAGAAAAACUUAAUGCAUGUUUUGCCCUUAAUCAGGCUUUUAAAAUACAAUAAAAUUUGUAAAUUAUUUUGGCAAAGGCAGUUUUUUCAUUAAGUAUGAUGAAAUUGGAAAAAAUGACUUUUGCUGAAAUGAAAAACGUUUUGGAAAUCUGUAUACAUUAAAAAAUAUACUCCUGUUAAAGUGAAUUUACUUGGAAGUAUUCUACAAUGUCAGUUCAUGAAUCUACAGGAAAAAAUAUAUUACUGCAUUAACCUAAGUCUGAGACUUUAAAAGGUGAGUGAAUUCAGAUGUCUUUAGCUGUGAUUUAUGCAGUUUGGUUAUGCUAAUUCACCCAGCCAAUAUUUUGUUUUAAAACUUCAGUUUUUAAAAUUUUUGGCAAUACAAGUAAAAACAUCACUGCUUCUUUUAUAUUUUCUCCUUAUUUGUACGUAGAGGUAGGGUUUUUUUUAUGUUUUUAUUUUCAUGUACCAGUUUACUACUGUUGGGUGGAUUUUGCAUCUUAUUCAGCUUUCUGUUAUAAAAUGGUUGUAUUUAGGUUAAAUAUUUUAUUUUCAAAUGUUUUUGUUAAAGGACUCCUGAGAGAAUGAAUGAUGCUACAUCUAGGAAAAAAGUGUUCAAAAGCGCCCAAGAAGGAUUUUUUUUUUUAAAACCAGUCUGUUUCCCCCCUACCUCUCCUGCCCAAUAAACACUUUUAUAUGAAAUACCUGCUGUUGGAUCUUGUCAUAUUUUUGGUGUGUACCAUUGAACAGAAACAAAUUAUCUGCAUUCUAUAGGAAAAUAGUGCAUCAAGAAGCAGGGGGUAAGAGGGAAAAAGCAGACAGUCCUUAAUGUGGGUUUACUUAGAUUAUUCUGUUGCUUUUAGGCCUUACCUAUGAGACUUUAAAAUUAUAUUGCUGUUACAGGCUUUGGAGAGCUGGUGUUGUAAAUAUCAAUAUAUGAAAAGAGAUAUGUUUAUUUAUAUUGCCACUAGCAUUGAGGAACUUUAAGCAAAGACCAGAUCCCCAAAAAUCUUAUAAUAUCGGUUAAUGAUAUGACACAGCUGGCAGCAGGAAAAAAAACGGGUGAGGUGGGGAAGGAAGGACAAGGUAACAGUAAUACAAGCAUGAUUUGUACAGUUUAACUUAACACCUAGCCACUGUCGAUUGAUAUUCUGCUGGCAUCAUGAAUUAAGGAGGAGAGAUUUUGAAGUGGCUUGAUGGAAUUUUUCAGAUGGUUUUUCCACAGGUUAAGAGUUGACACACAAAGUGGAAAGGUAUUUGUGGGAUUGUGAUUACAUUUAAGGGAAGCAGCACUCUCGUGAUAUGAGCACAAAGUUGAGGGUCAAUAGACCUGGGUUCUAAUCCCAGUUGUGACAUAUUUAUUCGUUUGAAUCUGAUUAAAUUGUUUAACAUCUAUGUGUUUGUUUUCCCUUCUUUAAAAUUAAAUUGUGGUUGCUCCCCAAAUGUGUUAGACACUGUAUGCAGACAUAGAAAGUCACAGUCCUUGCUCCCAAGAGUUUGCAAUUUUGUAAUUUAUAACUAUUCAGUGUUCAACUGUUUUGAAGUUUUCUCCUUCA